GAGAUCAUAUCACGAUACAUAACAAAAAAAACGCUUUUGUAAAUAAAUCUUGACUUUAGAAAUUAACGUUUCAUCGUUCGGUAUGCAUACACCACUGAUCGACUUGAAUAGAAGGAACGUGGAAUUAAACCGUAAAAUCGCCACGUUGUUUCUAUGUGCAGUGAACGAUAUCUUUCUGGGUACAUUUCUAACAAAACUACUUUUCACGAAAUAUCACGACAAAUGAUAUUAUCAGUUAAUUCAUUAUGAUUCGAUUCGAAAAACGAAAAUAUAAAAAUUAUUUAACAAAAAUUUAAAUUUUUGUUGAACGAUUAAAAAUUUGUAAAGUUAACCUAUACGUUUAUACUCGAUUACGAAUAAUGACAUAUUAUCAAAAAAAAUUUCGCAUAUUACGAAAAGAUUAUUAGUAAUUAAUUUUAAAAAAAAAAUCUAUAUUUAUAUUUCGUUAAAUAUAAAUAUAAUAGCGAAUAUAAUCUAUUCAUGCUAUUCGCUUAUAAAUUUAAAUUGAACUUUUAAUAUAAAAAGAUGUUUAAAGUAGAUUAUAAAAUAUUCGAUUAAUAAUUAAUAAUUUUCUAUAAAAAUAUUUUUACAUUUUCAUUAUAUUCACGUUUCAAAACGAGUUGAUCGUAUCGAUCGAUAUUCGUUGCAUUUCGUAAAACGUGGUUUUAUUUAGGAAUAUAUUUUUUUUUCAGAAUCAAACGUAACCAAUAAUGUUUUAACGCGGUGCAAUUUAAGAAAAAUUAAAAAAAUAUGUCCAUCGAAAAUAGCGAAAUUUCCGUGACCAUUGAAUUCGGAGGUGGGGCAGAAUUACUUUUCGAUAAAAAAAAAAGGCACGAAGUAAACUUACCUGGAGUAAAUGAAUGUAAGUUUUACAAAUUUUUUUUUAUCGAUGUAAAUAUAAUUUGUCACGUGAACUUUACAGGGACCAUACAAAAGCUACUUUUCUGGAUAACAGAUAAUCUGUUAAAGGAACGACAGGAACUUUUUAUACAAGGGGAUACCGUGCGUCCAGGAAUUUUGGUUCUUAUAAAUGACAUCGAUUGGGAAUUAUUGGGCGAAAGCAAUUAUAAAAUAAAAUCAGGUGAUACGAUAUUAUUCAUAUCCACUUUACACGGAGGAUAAGAAAAAUAAAAUUGGAAAAAGAAAAGAUAAAAGAAGAUCGAUGCAAAGAAGAUCGAAGAUAAUAUCGCAUAAUAUAAAUGGAAUCCGAGUUCAGAAAAACAUGAUAAUUUCGCGAAAUGUUUGUACGAUGGCGAGAUACGUGGAUACGCGCAUAGCGUAAAAAAAAAAAAAAAAAAAAAAAAAAAAAAAA